CCCUCCUCCCGUCCAUCCGCCGCGGGGAGCUCAGCUCCAGCUCGUCACGCUGCUCCGCUCGGCCGGCCGGGCGCGGGUGCCAACGGGAAGCCGCGGCCUUAAAAAAAGGGAAGGGUACCCAGCUUGCCCAAGCUUAUCACAUCUCCCUCCGGCUGCUCUCGCUCGCUACUCUUGUGCUACUUAAACAAACAGCUCUUGCGAUCCGCAAGGGCCAGCGGCCAGCACCCCCGCACGCGACCCCAAGCCAGGAAUCGCUUCCCACCCAGCGCGGCCACCAGCAGCAGCAAGCACCGCACCGCUCUGCUCUCUCCCUGUCGGCAACGGCAAAUCCGGCCUCCCUCCCUCCCGCUCGCUCGCUCGCAGUCCCCCUCCCUGUCGGCAACGGCAAAUCUGGUUCGUGAUCCGGCGCGCGGGGAUGGUGUCGAGAUCCUACUCCAACCUCCUGGAGCUCGCCUCCGGGGGCGGCGGGGGCGGGGAGCCGCUGCCGUCGCUGGGGCGCCGCCGGGUGCCGCGCGUCGUCACGGCGCCCGGCAUUGUGCCGGGCCUCGACGCCUCCGACGACGACGACGACGCCUCCGACCGCUCCUCCCACGCGCCGCGGGAGCGCGUCAUCAUCGUCGCCAACCAGCUCCCCGUGCGCGCCGCGCACCGCGCGGGCGGCGCCGGUUGGGACUUCGCGUGGGACGAGGACAGCCUCCUGCUGCAGGUCAAGGACAGCCUCCGCGCGCACCACGGCCGCGGGGACGUCGAGUUCGUCUACGUCGGCGGCCUCCGCGACGACGUGCCCCCCGCCGAGCACGACCAGGUCGCGCACGAGCUCCUCGAGGGGUUCCGCUGCGUGCCCACCUUCCUGCCCGCCGACCUCCGCUCCAGGUUCUACCACGGCUUCUGCAAGCAGCAGCUCUGGCCACUGUUCCAUUACAUGCUGCCACUGUCGCCGGAGCUCGGCGGACGCUUCGACCGCCUGCUCUGGCAGGCCUACGUCUCCGUCAACAAGAUCUUCGCGGACAAGAUCCUUGAGGUGAUCAGCCCCGACGAGGACUUUGUGUGGGUGCACGAUUACCACCUCAUGGUGCUGCCCACAUUCCUGCGCAAGCGCUUCAACCGGGUCAAGCUCGGCUUCUUCCUGCACAGCCCGUUCCCCUCCUCGGAGAUCUACAAGACCCUGCCUGUGCGUGAGGAGCUGCUCCGGUCGCUGCUCAAUGCCGAUCUGAUUGGGUUCCACACCUUUGACUAUGCCAGACACUUCCUGUCGUGCUGCAGCAGGAUGCUCGGGCUCAAGUACGAGUCGCAGAGGGGCUACAUUGCACUGGAGUACUAUGGACGAACAGUCACAAUCAAGAUCUUGCCAGUGGGGGUUCACUUGGAGCAGUUACAGUCAGUCCUUAAUCUUCCAGAGACUGGAGUCAAGGUGGCUGAGCUUCUGAAGCAGUUCAAUCAUCGGAGCCGGCUGCUGUUGCUUGGUGUUGAUGAUAUGGAUAUCUUCAAAGGAAUUAGCUUGAAGCUUUUGGCGUUUGAGCAGCUGCUGAUGCAGCAUCCAAAGUGGCGGGGAAGGGUGGUGCUGGUUCAGAUUGCCAAUCCGGCAAGGGGGAAGGGAAAGGAUGUGAAAGAGGUACAGGAAGAGAGCGAUGCAAUGGUAAAGCGCAUCAAUGAUGCAUUCGGGCAGCCAGAUUACCAGCCUGUUAUACUGAUUGAUAAGCCACUGCGGUUCUAUGAGAGGAUGGCAUAUUAUGUUGUUGCCGAGUGCUGCUUGGUUACUGCAGUGAGAGAUGGCAUGAAUCUUAUCCCGUAUGAGUACAUUAUUGCUCGACAAGGGAAUGAGAUGAUCGACAGGAUCCUAGGUCUUGGCCCAUCUUCAAGGAAGAAGAGCAUGCUUGUUGUCUCAGAGUUCAUCGGAUGCUCGCCCUCCCUAAGCGGCGCGAUCCGGGUGAACCCUUGGAACAUUGAUUCAGUGGCUGAUGCGAUGGACUCUGCAUUGGAGAUGCCAGAAGGGGAGAAGGUCUUGAGACACGAGAAGCAUCAUAGAUAUGUGAGCACACACGAUGUUAGCUAUUGGGCGAACAGCUUCCUGCAAGAUCUUGAGAGGACUUGUCUCGACCACAACAGGAGGCGUUGCUGGGGCAUAGGAUUCGGGCUAAAGUUCAGGGUUGUAGCCCUUGACCCAAACUUCAAGAAGCUUGCAGUUGAGCACUUGGUCUCGGCCUACCGGAGGACAACAAAGCGCAUCAUUCUCUUGGACUAUGAUGGGACCCUGAUGCCGCAGACUUCGUUUGGUAAGAGUCCUACCUCAAGGACGAUAGACAUGUUGAACAGCCUUUGCCGUGACAAGAACAACAUGGUCUUCCUUGUGAGCACAAAGAGUCGGACGACUUUAAGCGAGUGGUUCUCACCAUGCGAGAACUUGGGACUAGCAGCUGAACAUGGCUACUUUCUCAGGCUGAGAAGAGAUGCAGAAUGGGAGGAGUGUGUCACGGUGAUAGACUGCAGCUGGAAGCAAAUUGCAGAGCCUGUGAUGAAGACCUACACAGAGACGACAGACGGGUCAACAAUUGAGGACAAGGAGACUGCAAUUGUUUGGAGCUAUGAGGAUGCUGAUCCAGAUUUUGGCUCCUGCCAGGCCAAAGAGCUCCACGACCAUCUGGAGAGUGUCCUCUCAAACGAGCCGGUGUCGGUGAAAGCUGGCUUGAACCAUGUUGAGGUGAAGCCACAGGGCGUGAGCAAGGGCCUGGUGGCGAAGCGGAUCUUGUCGACGAUGCAGGAGCGUGGUGACCUGCCGGACUUCAUCCUGUGCGUGGGCGACGACCGGUCCGACGAGGACAUGUUCGAGGUGAUCACCACGGCGGCGGCGCGGGGCCCCUCCUCCCUGCACCCGGAGGCGGAGGUGUUCGCGUGCACGGUGGGGCGCAAGCCCAGCAAGGCCAAGUACUACCUGGACGACCCCGCGGACAUCGUGCGCCUCAUCCAGGGCCUCGCCAACGUCUCCAACGACCAGGCGUCGCACGGCGGCAGCGGCGCGACCCUGCCCGACGAUGCCGCAGCGGCCGCCGCCACCGUCCUGAGGUGACACCGCACCUGCCCGCCCGCGCGCAGUUAAGCUCAAGUAGGCGGUAUGAGAGACCGACCUCUCGGAAGGGGGAGGGAGCAUCGCUCGGUCGUUGGUCCCAGAUGUGUACAUUGUUCUAGGAACGAACUCGCGCAAGUGCGUGCUGUGCUUGCGAGUGCGCUGCUUCGUCGAACUGUCAGCCGAUGUGUACAUAAACUCCUCCAGAUCAUCUCCAUCGACAGCGUCGAGUUCUCGUCA